AUGGUACGAACACGUGGUCAGCUGGCAACUGGGAAUGUAGGACUUGAGAAUGGUGCAGCGGUACCCGUCAAAAAGAAGAAGGGGGUGAAUAAGCGGAAAGAAGCAGCGGCGAAUACACCAGGAUACCUGGUACCCUACACCUUCCCUGGUUGUUCCUCUCCAGCACCACCCGAGUACUCAUUAGCUAUACCUAAAGCUCUAGCCGAUGACGAUCACACCAGCCUGCACUCUGGCAGUAGGUACGAAGAUGUCGCUUCUCGAUUAGUCCGUCUGAUGGCCAAGAUGCCUCAUGUCAGUCUGUUCCCUUAUCCCAUGACCGCGUUGAAAGCACCCAAGCGCCGUCUCCGUCACGAUCGAGGGAAACCCGUCAAAACUGGUGAUGAUAGAUUCUCAUUCACCUCAACGGCUAUGAUCCGAUGGGAGAAGGGUGAGAAGAAGAUUAGAAUGGGUAUUUUCAUAGAUUAUCAAAAAGGUCAUGAAACGGCUCAUGCUUGGGGAAUCGCGAUCGUCGAUCUGGACCAGGGUAAACAGAUAGUUUUAUAUGAUCCUUCCAGCUCAAAUACAUAUCAAGCUCGAGGCGAAGUUCUAUACGAAGAUGACAUUGGAUCGCCUCAACGCAACUUAUGGAAGAUGCUCAAGAGCACCAAGAAGGUGAAGGACGGGAGGAUUAAUGCGAAGAAGGUGUUCUGGGGAGGAGGACCUCCAAACGUCGUACCAGGUGAGAAUAGAUGUUUAGAAGAGACGAUGCGAUGGAUGGAAAGUUGUACGAAUGAAGAAUACUUCGACGAGGCAAACUUGUUGAACAACGGAUUUGUUGAAGUGUACUUCAAUCCUAAUCCUACGAGCCGACGAAGAAUAAGAGCAGCUGGAGAAGAGCAUUUGCAGGGUGGUCGUGCGAAUGAUGAUCUGGAUCAAGCUGAUAGUCAGAAUCAAGAAUCGCUGAACGAUGCCGCUGAAGAUGGUGAAGAGGAGAACCAGGACAUCAUCUCGAAUGCGACCACAGAGAAUCCUGACGAUGUCGACUAUCUUGACGAAGGGAGUUCUGACGAAGAUCGAUGGACAUGA